UAUUUCAAGAAGCAAGGUUUUUCGAAGAACAUCACGCUUGAUCGGGCCAUAUAGGCAGGUUAUAUUAAGGACUACGAGGGCGGAACAAUCAUGCAGUGCACGAUGCUGCGAAAGGUCGGUUACCUCGUCACGAAGGAGAUCGUGGCACAGCAGAGGGAAGCGAUCUUGGCAAAGGUCAGACAGAUGUCGAAGAGUCGUAUUGUGUACGAGGGACUGCCACAGUUUCAGGAUGGGAAGGGGGAAGGGCUCGUCAUCGAUCCCAAGGACGUGCCAGGUUUGAGGGAGAGCGGGUGGAUGCCCAAUAUGAAUGUUCCUGCAAGCCCCUCAACUAAGAAUUUUGAGCGCAGCGCAAUGGAAUCUAUUCUGUCAGACUUGCAGGCUCACCCUCAGGCCUGGGCCUUCAAGGAACCUGUCAACGCUCAGGAGGUGCCGGAUUACUACGAUGUAAUUCAAAAUCCGAUGGAUUUCCCAACUAUGGAGCACAAACUCGAAACGGGGCAAUAUCAAAAUCUCGACGUGUUCAUUGCAGACGCUCAGCUUGUGUUCGACAACGCUAAGGUGUACAAUCCCGAAGAUACCAUCUAUCAUAAGGGCGCGGUUAAGAUGGAACGACUGCUGAUGGAUCAUGUCAGUCGCGUGCGCAAAAUCAGCUGAACGGGUUGUUCUAUGGACUUGUUCGUAAUGCCAGUAUUUUUAUAGAGCUGGGUUGGGCAUUGUGCUUCAUUUGUCUGCGGCUGCGUAUGCGCAAAAUCUUCACAGGAUUGCCGUGCAGCUCUUCC